AUGGAUUUAGCAUCCGGAUCAGGGUCAAAUGACCCGGGACCAUCGCCGACUGGUGGUCCUGCGGAUGACUCCUCCGCUGUAAGGUCAACGGUCCAUACACCAGCGACAACACCGAGCAGAUACGAGUCUCAGAAACGACGCGACUGGAACACGUUCUUACAGUACCUGAGCAACCACAAGCCGCCGUUAACGCUGGCGAGGUGCAGCGGAGCUCACGUGAUCGAGUUUCUUAAGUACCUUGAUCAGUUCGGUAAAACGAAGGUGCACGUGACUGAUUGUCCGUACUUCGGCCAGCCAAACCCGCCGGCGCCAUGUGCCUGUCAGCUCAAGCAAGCUUGGGGGAGUCUAGACGCGCUAAUCGGCCGGCUCCGAGCUGCCUACGAGGAGAACGGCGGGCGUCCGGAGUCGAACCCGUUUGGUGCGAGAGCUGUGAGGAUGUACUUGAGGGAAGUGAGAGAAAGUCAAGCCAAGGCUCGAGGUAUUCCUUACGAGAAGAAAAGAAAACGGCCUGGCGGUGGCACGGCCACGGCGGCAGCAAUGAAAGUGUCGGUGGCUGUUGAUGGAGGUGGCAGCGGUGGUGGUGGUGGUGGUGGUGGUGGUGGUGAGGAUGAUGGUGGGGCUGCUGUUGCAGCCAUCUACAAGACGAUGGUCCCUGGGUGCACUAUAGGUGAGAUCGCAUACACACGUGGGUCCGCCAUCGAAGCUGCAGGUUCAAUCUCAGGUUUUUGGAAUGCUGCUUUUGUCAGAGGGAUUCUUCUUCUACAAAUGCAAAACUUUAACAAGCCAAGAACUCAACCAAGGCCUAACAGGUCUUAUGCUUUAGGAGGUAUGGAUCAUACAGAGCCAAACAAGAAGAAAGGAUUUGUAAGAAAGAUUAUUUUUGCUUCAUUCCUUAUAGCAUUAUGCAUCUUCAUGCUCAAACAAUCCCCAUCUUUCAGGAGCCCUAGCCGAUUCUCUAGGCAUGAAACAAGAAUUACUCAUGUCUUAGUAACUGGAGGUGCUGGCUAUAUUGGCUCCCAUGCUACAUUACGCCUGCUAAAAGACUCUUAUCGUGUAACCAUAGUGGACAACCUCUCUCGUGGAAACAUAGGAGCUGUGAAAGUUCUUCAAGACCUGUUCCCACAACCUGGGAGACUCCAAUUCAUUUAUGCUGAUUUGGGAGAUGCAAAAGCUGUAAACAAAAUCUUUUCUGAAAAUGCAUUUGAUGCAGUAAUACAUUUUGCAGCAGUUGCAUAUGUGGGUGAGAGUACCCUUGAUCCAUUAAAGUAG